AUGUUUGUCUCUCUUUAUUUCACUCAACUCAAAUCUCUUUGGGAUGAACUCAAUUCUAUUGCUCCUGUCAAUCCUUGUAUAUAUGAUAAUGCUAAAAGUAUUCUUGAUCAGCAUAAUCAAGAUCGUGCCAUGGAAUUCCUUCAAGGAGGUCAUGACCGUUUUUCAGCUGUCGACAUGAUUUCGAUUCAGUUUCUUGAUUCAGAUUUCGAAACCAGGAUGGAAGCCCUUGCUGUUACAGUCUUGGAAAAGUUGGGCUCUUCAGUUUACAAAGAGCUUGGAAUCAUUUGGAAUCUAGAAGAGGAUAUGGAAAAAAUGAAGACCACAGUAUCUAUGAUAAAAUCAGUACUCCUGGAUGCAGAGACCAAGGCCAAUAAUCAUCAAGUUAGUAAUUGGUUGGAGGAGCUGAAAGAUGUACUUUAUGAUGCAGAUGAUUUACUAGAUGAUUUUUCCAUUGAAGAUUUGAAAGGAAAAGCGAUGGCUAGAAACAAAAAAGUAAAACAGGUACUAUGUUUCUUCUCAAAACCAAACAAAAUUGCCUAUAGUUAUACAUUAGGCCGUCGAAUGAAAGCAAUCCAGAAGAGGCUAGAUGACAUUGCUAAAAAUAAGCAUGCGCUGCAACUAACUGACCGCCCUAUGGAGAAUCCAAUUGUAUAUAGGGAACAAAGACAAACUUACUCUUUUGUGAGUAAAAAUGAAGUUAUUGGAAGAGAAGAUGAAAAGAAACGUAUAAAGCGUUAUCUACUUGAUAUCAAUGCUUCAGAUAAUGUUUCUGUAAUUCCUAUAGUUGGGAUUGGAGGAUUAGGUAAGACCGCACUUGCUCAACUAGUCUACAAUGAUAAUGAUGUUCAAAGGCAUUUUGAGCUAAAAAUGUGGGUGUAUGUUUCUGAUGAAUUUGAUAUAAAGAAAAUAGCUCGGGAGAGCAUCGGGGAUGAAAAGAAUAGUCUGAUGGAGCAAGUUCAACAGCAACUUAGAGACAAAAUUCGAGGGAAAAAGUUUUUGCUUGUGUUAGAUGACAUAUGGAACGAGGAUCGUGAACUGUGGCUUAAGUUGAAGAGCUUGUUCAUGGAAGGAGGAAAAGGAAGCAUGGUAAUUGUUACAACGCGUAGUCAGACUGUGGCGAAAAUAGCAGGCACACAUCCGCCUCUUUUCUUAGAAGGUUUGGAUUCACAAAAAUCACAGCAGUUAUUCUCUCGAGUGGCUUUCGGCAAGUCAAAAGAGCAAAAUGAUUUGGAAUUGUUAGCUAUAGGAAGGGACAUUGUUAAAAAAUGUGCUGGCAUCCCUCUUGCUAUAAGGACUAUUGGAAGCCUUUUGUUUUCUCGAAAUUUGGGCAGAAGUGAUUGGCUAUAUUUCAAGGAUGUUGAGUUUUCAAAGAUAGAUCAACACAAUGACAAAAUCUUUUCAAUCCUUAGACUGAGUUAUGAUCAUCUUCCCUCAUUUCUAAAAAAAUGUUUUGCUUAUUGUUCAUUGUUUCCUAAAGGUUUUGUGUUUGAAAAGAAGACUCUCAUUCAUUUAUGGGUAGCUGAGGGGUUCAUUCAACAAUCAAAUGAUAUUAGAUGCGUAGAAGAUGUUGGUCAAGAGUACUUCAUGAGUUUGCUGUCAAUGUCCUUCUUUCAAGAUGUCACUAUGGACGAUUGUGGUGGCGUAAGUACUUGUAAAAUGCAUGACCUUAUGCAUGAUCUGGCACAGCUAAUAGUCGGGAAUGAAUAUGCGAUGUCUGAAGGAGAAGAAGCAAACAUUGUAAACCGAACGCGUUAUUUGUCUUCUCGUACUGCAUUACAGUUCGGACCACCAUCGCCAUCUUCCUACAAGUUAAGGACAUUUCAUUUACUUCCACAAGUGAAUUCAAGCAAUCAUUUGCGCCAGACACAUGUUCUUUCCUUUUCAGGCCUAAAGUUCUUACGCGUGUUGACACUUUGUGGGUUGCAUAUUGUUGCAAUCCCAAAUAGUAUUGGAGAGAUGAAGCAUUUAAGAUACAUUGAUCUAUCAAAGAAUAUUGCACUUAAAGAUCUUCCGCCGGGAAUUACUAGCCUGCAGAACUUGCAAACUCUAAAACUUUCUGAAUGUUCUGAGCUCAAAAUUUUACCAGAAUAUCUCAAUAGAAGUCUCAGGCAUAUUGAGUUGAAUGGUUGUGUGAAAUUGACAUGUAUGCCACAAGGGUUAGGACAGUUGACCAAUCUUCAAACACUAACACUUUUUGUAUGUGGCAAAGGAAGUACAAGUGUUAACGAGCUGCGUGACCUAAACAACCUUAGAGGGAGAUUAGAAAUCAAAGGGUUGGAUUCACUUCAAAUUAGUGCUGCAGAGAUUGAAUAUUCAAAAGUACUUAUUGAGAAGCAACACCUUCAACAAUUGGAAUUGCGGUGGACGUACUAUAUUAGUUUCAAUCCGUGGUCAUCACUGCCCGUAAGGGACAAGUUAUGGUUGGAAGAUGAGAUGGUUUUAGAAGCUUUGCAGCCACACCACUCACUUCAAAAGCUUGUUAUAGAUGGAUUUUGGGGCAAAAAGUUACCGGACUGGAUAGGGACUCUCUCGUCUCUCUUGACUAUUGAGAUCCACAAUUGCAAUGGUUUGACAUCACUACCUGAAGCAAUGGGUAACCUUGUAUCGUUGCAGAAACUUUGCAUAUAUAACUGCCAACAAUUGAGUGAAAUUUAUGCAAAACCAUACGGAAAAGAAUGGCCGAAAAUUUCUCACAUUCGAGAAGUUGAGAUCCUUCCUCUGAGUCCAUCAUUACUCAAGUACUUCAGUUGA